AUGGCCUCGAUCGACCAGCUAUAUUCCAAGUGUGAGGAUAGGCGGUGUUGCCGUUUCCUCUACAAAUCCUAUGCGUGUUUGGCUUUCCUGCGCCUUUUCGAUUUAUCAGCGUCACACUGCAAUUUCAGGUCUAAGAAUGAAAUUUUGGUGUUGGCCUGCCUGGUCUCAGCCACGUCUGCUUUGCCGUUCAUUGGAUCGGUUCAAUCGGUCGCUGUUAGGGGGGCCCUCACCUGCAAUGGAAAACCAGCCGAAAACGUAAAAGUAAAAUUGUACGAGAAGGAAGUCUGUGAGUCGUUUCCAUAUACAGAGGGUUUACCAUUACUGUUAAAGAUGAAUGAAUUAAUGAAGUCUUUAGUGCUCGAUAAACUGUUGGACGAGAAAUUCACGGAUGCGAAGGGAACCUUCGAGAUGUCCGGCAGCAAGAAGGAGGUUACUACUAUUGACCCCAAAGUUAACAUCUAUCACAAAUGCAACUAUAAUGGAAUAUGCUACAAGAAGAUCUCAGUGAAGAUCCCCAAGAACUUCGUGACGGAAGGUGAGACCCCCAGCAAGGUGUUCGACAUCGGAGAGCUCAAUCUAGCCGGCAGUUUCUCUGGAGAAAGCACAGACUGUCUCAAUUAA